AUGUGGCUGCUGCUGCUUGUGAUUGGUUACGUUGUUCUCCUUUCCUUCCUCACCCGUUUUAAUUCACCCUCCGACCAAGAUUCUUCUUCUGCUCCUCCUCCUUCUCCAUCAUCGUCAUCAUCUUCUUCUUCGUCAGAGUUGAUUCGUUUUAGCAGCAACAGAGCCCCGGAAAUUCGGCACCCAACCAAGUACGAUGUCUUCAUCAGCUUCAGAGGAGCCGAUGUUCGAGAAAAUUUCCUCAGCCACCUCUACCUCCACCUCAACAACGUCAAGCAACUCGCGGUCUACAAAGACGACGUGGAUCUGCCCAGAGGAGCGGAGAUCUCGCCCUCGCUCCUGCAAGCGAUCGAGAUCUCCGACGUUUAUGUGGUGAUUCUCUCCCGCGAUUAUGCGAAUUCCGAAUGGUGUUUGGAGGAGCUGGAGAAGAUCUUCCAGUGCGUGGAGCAGCACAAACGGAUGUUUAUACCGGUCACCUACGACUUGAGUUUCGCUGAUUUCUACGAGACGUUACCGUCCUCUGCUGCUGCUGGAAGGUGGAAGGACCAGCUGGAGAGAAUAAUCAGCCUCGCCGGAUUGGAUUACACGGUCAUCAGGCCUGAAACUACACUCAUCGAGGAAAUCACCAGAGCAGUAUUCCAGGCAAUCCGCGGCAGCAACGAGCUUGUGAAGUUUUCAUCAUAUUCGGCAAGCAGAUGUUUGGUUGGAAUCGAGAGCAAAGUGAAAGAAGUUGAACGGUUGCUGCGCUCCGGCGAGCGGGCUAACUGGACGAUCGGACUGUGGGGAAUGUCUGGCAUCGGCAAGACCACUCUUGCCCAGGCUUUCUUCCACACAUUCUCUUCUCAAUUCCAAGCUUCCUACUUCUUCAGCAACUUUUCCGGCCCGCUCAUCACUAGCGGGCAGCUGUACUCUCUACAGCCAUUUGAUAAUUUGCAAAGCGGCUUUUUCUCUAAACUAUUGGGUGACGAUGGUGGUGGUGGUAGAACGUUACCCUACGAUUUGAUGCUUCGCCGUGUUGGUCGUGUCAAGGCGCUAGUCGUGAUCGACGACGUGGGUAACGAUGUGAGCAACAUUGGACCGCUCAAGGAUCUGUUAAACGGACAGUACAGCGACCUGUUUGGUCCAGGAAGUGUAGUGAUCAUGACCGGCACAAACCAACAGCUUCUCAAGAGUGUAUGCCACACUGUAUAUCAAGUCGAGGGUCUGGGUUAUAAAAAAGCUCGGCGACUUUUCUACUUGCAUGCUUUCAAAGGGCGAAAUGCACCAUCAGCUGAGUAUCUGGAGUUGGCCAGGAAAGCUGUAAUUUACGCGGGUGGGAAUCCAUUGGCACUUACCCUCUUGGGCGCGCACUUGUAUGGUCGGGAUCCCGAGUUUUGGGAAGGUGAGCUGCGAUACUUGCAACGUGAUGGUACAAAUUCAGUGGUUCGGAAUAUUGGGAGGAGGAGUUAUGAGGAAUUGAGCCAGGCAGAGAAAGAUUUAUUCCUCGACUUGGCAUGCUUCUAUCCUUACUGGCAAAAUAAGGACUUGCGUGUAACUGGGUUACUAGAUGGUAGAUGGAAUCUCAUCACUAAUCUUGUGGAUAAGUCUCUUGUACGCAUUAAGUACGCCACCUGCAUAGAAAUGAGCCUGGUGCUACGAGAUCUCGGCCGCGCCAUUGUUAAUGAACAGGUUCAGAUUAGAAAACGCACGAGGUUGUGGAAACCUAAAGAUGCAUCUAUCCUGUUCAAGAAACCGAAGGGUGAUCCCCCAAUUCAAGGCAUCGUCUUAAAUGAUGACUGGUCGCUGAAUCCCACAAGGGGACCUGCCAUAAGCGUACAAGCUGAUGCUCUUGAGGAGAUGGAAAAUCUUCGAUUCCUCGUAAUUGGCAAUAACACUUGCAAUUUCAUUUUGCCGGAGAAUGGGCUGAACUGUUUACCAAAUAUGCUGAGAAUUCUUGAGUGGAACUCGUUCCCUUCAAAAUGUCUGCCAUCACAAUUCUCUGCUGAAAAUCUUACUAAGCUUAAUUUGGCACAUAGCAAGAUUGAACAACUUUGGGAAGGCGAUGAAGUUGAGGUGGAUCUGGGGAAUUUGGAAACCCUUAAUCUCGAGGAAUCCAAGAACCUAAAAAAUUUGCCUAAUCUCUAUACAGCUAAAAGGCUCGAAAGUAUGCAUCUUUCCGGGUGUAGCAAGUUGUCCCGCCUUCCUGACGACAUUGGUAAUCUAGUGCAUUUGACACAUCUGGAUCUAAGUUAUACUGCACUGGAAGAGCUUCCAUCGUCCAUUGGAGAUCUCAGCAGACUGUGGGAAUUGCUCCUCCCCGGUUGUAAGAGUCUAUCAUGCCUCCCCGACACCAUCCACAACCUAUCAAACUUACAAACCCUCGAACUAGGUGAUUGCACUAAACUGCGCGAGUUACCACUGCUUCCUUCAUCCUUGGAAAAAUUGGAUGCACAUGGCUGCAAGUUGCUUCAAACCAUGUCAAUUCAAGAUUUUGCCGCGACACAUUUUACAUUGCCGGUCUCAGAAGAUACUCGUUGGUGCUUUGGCUGGCUCGAGAGCUCGUUCAUUACGUGCUUCAUGUCCCUCGAUGAUGAUUACGUGAUUGGCUACGACAUGAGUGACGAGAACGAAUUAUUGCUCGAAAUGCGAACAAGCACUAUCGAUUUGCUACGUGAAAGAAACCAUGAAACUGAAGAAGACUACGAGGACGGGGAGCUUCUCUCAAUUGAUCACCUUUUACUAUGGUCUGAUGGUCGGGACUGUAAUAUGGUGAGAUCGGUACAACGUGAGGCUGAAAAGGCUGUCGAUGCAGAUGGUGCAACUGUGGAGUUCUCUUUUAACGUCAGAUACCGUAGUCAGGAGGAGCGGCCUGAAACAUCCAUGUUGAUCAAGAAUUGUCGGGUUAUUCCGGUGUACGAUGACAGAGUAGUGACACAUGAAGAGGAAGAAGAUGAUGAUGGUGAAGGUGAUCAAUAUCCAGUCAACCUCUGUGGAUUAUAUGAUCAGAUGUGCAGCGGCCAGUAA